UUUACGAGUGGGCUCAUCAUGUGAUUAUGCUAUGUCCGUCUGUGGCGCUACUCUCUUUGGUCGGUAGAAUAACUUCUCCUGACUGAGUUGCGUCAACUUUUCUGUUAGUAUAUUCAGUAAACUGUUCAAGUUUAAACUUAAUGCGAUCUUUUUACUCAAAUCAAAUACAGAGGAAGAUCGCAACUCAUCAACAUUUGUAAUUACAAUUAAGAAGAAGAGCGAAAAUUCAAUAACUGCUUCAGCUCAAUGACGACUGAUUCCAACUGUAACCUUUACACCCUAACUGCUUCUCAAGAUGUAAAUCUUGGCCAGUGAAAGAAUUCAGGCUGCUUUUGUGGCCAGUGGCGUAGCCAGGAAUUUAUGCUAAGGGGAUUCGAAAAAAUACUAGAAAGUCACACUAGGGGAUUUGAACCCCCUUUGAUACUAUACUAGAAUCUUUAUGUCAAGGGGAAUCAACAGUUUAUAUACCCAAAGAGAUUCAUUUUUGGCCUAUUUCUGCUGUAAUUUUCGGUGAAAGGGGAUUCAAUUGAACCCCCUUUGUUCUACAUUGCUCCGCUCCUGUUCGUUGUUAUAUGGCAGCACUCAAGUUCAUGGAUGCUUGUGAGUACAAUAAGCCUCCAGGGCUGGUCAGCGAUGAUGGUGGCGCUGAACUGGAAAAUUACUUGUCAGAAGAAACUCGAGAAGCAUGUUUAGGACUUCAUCCAGAUAGACUUGCAUCUAUUGUUAGUUCGUACGACAUCAAAACCUUAAAUAAAAUUGGAGGAGUUGAAGGGUUCGCAAGUAGGCUGAGAGUCUCAUUGGAUGAAGGAGUGAAAACCAGUGAUGUGCAUAUCAGACAAAAUAUAUAUGGAUCGAACAAAUACAUUGAGAAAACUUUUAAAAGUUUUUGGACUUUUACAUGGGAGGCUUUGCAGGAUAUAACUCUCAUCAUCCUCAUGGUUUGUGCUGUUGUCUCUAUUGGUGUGGCGCUUGCCACCAAAGGGUGGCCAAAAGGAACAUAUGACGGGCUGGGAAUUCUACUUAGCAUAUUCUUGGUAGUCAUAGUUACUGCAAUUAGCGACUACAAGCAGUCAUUGCAGUUCAGGGAUUUGGAUAAGGAGAAGAAAAAGAUAUUUAUCCAGGUCACAAGAGAUGGAUCCAGGCAGAAGGUUUCCAUUUAUGACUUAGUGGUUGGUGACGUAGUUCACUUAUCUAUAGGGGAUCUGAUUCCCGCUGAUGGAAUAUUCAUAUCCGGAUACAGCUUGCUAAUUGAUCAAUCAAGCCUAUCUGGUGAGAGUGUACCCGUAAGCAUAUAUGAAGGAAGACCUUUUCUUCUAUCUGGAACCAAAGUGCAAGAUGGUUCAGCUAAGAUGCUAGUAACAACUGUUGGAAUGAGAACCGAAUGGGGUAAGCUGAUGGAGAGGCUAACAGAUGGGGUAGAAGAUGAGACUCCUCUGCAAGUUAAGUUGAGUGGUGUUGCUACCAUUAUUGGAAAGAUAGGACUAGCAUUUGGUCUGCUUACAUUUAUGGUGUUGACAGUCAGAUUUCUGGUAGAGAAAAUACUUCACCACGAGCUCACGAAAUGGUCUUCGAGUGAUGCACUGACUCUUCUAAAUUACCUCGUGACAGCAGUGACUAUAAUUGUUGUUGCAGUUCCAGAAGGACUGCCUCUGGCAGUGACGUUGAGUCUUGCAUUUGCAAUGAAAAAGCUAAUGGACAACCGGGCAUUAGUGAGACAUCUUUCUGCAUGUGAGACAAUGGGCUCAGCUACUUGCAUAUGCACAGAUAAGACAGGAACACUAACUACAAACCAAAUGGUAGUCAAGAAGAUAUGGAUUUGUGAAAAAACUAAAAAGGUAGAAACUGAUGGAGGUGGGGAUGCAGUAACUUUGAAUAUAUCAGAAAAUGCAUUGGCCUUUCUUUUACAGGCAAUAUUUCACAAUACGGGAGCAGAGGUAGUUAAGGAUCAUGAUGGAAACAAGUCGAUUCUGGGAACACCAACAGAAUCAGCAAUAUUAGAUUAUGGAUUGCUUCUUGGUGGUAAUAUUUAUGAGCAAAGGAAGGACUGUAAAUUCCUAAAAGUUGAGCCUUUCAAUUCAGAAAAGAAAAAGAUGUCUGUGCUUAUUGCUCUCCCAGAUGGCAAAGUCCGAGCUUUCUGCAAGGGUGCAUCUGAGAUAAUCCUAAAAAUGUGUGACAGGUUUAUUGAUCUUAAUGGUAAAAUUGUUCCUCUGACAGAAAAUAGAAUAAGAAAUAUUAUGGAUGUCAUUAGUGAAUUCACUGGCGAAGCCUUGCGUACUCUUUGUGUGGCCUUCAAGGACAUUGAGGAUGGCUAUGAUGAAAAUAUUAUUCCUGAUAGUGGCUACACAUUGUUAGCUAUUAUUGGGAUUAAAGAUCCAGUUCGUCCUGGGGUUAACAAAGCAGUAAAAUCAUGUUUAGCUGCUGGAAUUACUGUGCGAAUGGUCACUGGUGACAAUAUUAAUACAGCCAAAGCCAUUGCUAAAGAAUGUGGGAUACUAACUGCUGAUGGUUUGGUCAUUGAAGGCCCAGAGUUUCGGGACAAAACUCCUGACGAGAUGAGGCAAAUAAUUCCUAGAAUUCAGGUGAUGGCGCGAUCAUCACCAACGGACAAGCUUGUGUUGGUAAAGAAUUUGAGAUGUAUGUUUAAAGAGAUUGUUGCAGUUACUGGUGAUGGCACGAAUGAUGCCCCUGCUCUCCGCGAGGCAGAUAUUGGACUUGCUAUGGGUAUAGCAGGAACCGAGGUAGCUAAAGAAAGUGCUGAUGUUAUAGUACUUGAUGACAACUUUAGUACAAUUGUGAAUGUGGCUAAGUGGGGUCGUUCUGUGUAUAUAAAUAUUCAAAAGUUUGUGCAAUUCCAGCUAACUGUCAGUAUUGUGGCUCUGAUGAUCAAUUUUAUUUCCGCAUGUAUCUCAGGAUCGGCUCCUCUUUCAGUGGUUCAGUUGCUUUGGGUCAACCUUAUCAUGGACACUCUAGGUGCAAUUGCCUUGGCCACUGAACCACCUCAUGAAGGACUAAUGAGCAAACCUCCUGUUGGAAGGGAAGUGAGUUUGAUUUCCAAGACGAUGUGGAGAAAUAUGAUUGGACAGAGUAUCUACCAACUGGCUGUACUAUUGGUUUUCAACUUCACUGGACAUCAGAUUUUGAGACUUGAAGGUUCAGACACUACCACAGUUCUCCAUACUUUCAUUUUCAACACAUUUGUGUUCUGUCAGGUAUUUAAUGAAAUAAACUGCCGGGACAUGGAUAAGAUAAAUGUUUUCCGUGGCAUUUUUGGAAGCUGGAUAUUCUUAGGUGUCGUGGUUUCUACUGUUAUCUUCCAAGUAAUCAUAGUCGAGUUCUUAGGCACAUUUGCAAGCACAACACCACUCAGCUGGGAACUAUGGCUACUCAGUAUCUUAAUUGGUGCUGCAAGCCUGAUUGUUGCUGUAAUUUUGAAGUUGAUACCUGUCGAACAGAAGAAUACCGAGCACCAUGAUGGUUAUGAUUUACUGCCAAAUGGUCCAGAACUUGCCUAAGAAAAGGGGAGAGCCAAUGGAUAACAGAAAGCCACACGAUAUGAGAAAGUUUAAUUGGUCCAAGUUCGAAUGAUACAAUACCUGGUUUUCAGGUGAGGAAAGGAAAACAAAACCAAUGGAAAGAAAAUACAGACAAAAGAUUUCAACAGCUCAUACACCAAUUAACCUCCAAGAACCAGUUCAAAGGUAUUUGUUUGAUUUUUACUCAUUUUUUUUGUAAAUGGUGCUUGGGAUGUUGUUGGAAGUUCAUUUCUUGGUAGCACCUAAAUGUGUCAAGAUACACGAUUCUUUUAAUAGGGAAAAAAAAAGCUUCUUUUUGUUUGUGAAGACAAGUUGUUUGAGAGCAGAUUUUGGACCUUGCACUUUAGCCGGAAGGUUCUUGAUUUUGAAAAAGUAUCAAGUAACAAAAAAAUAUAUUUGGAGAAGAAUUCCUGAUUGACAAGAAUCACAAGAUACAAUAUACUCGGAGAAGUGUUGAUUCCAGCAGAUGUUGAAAAAAGUACUUUGUUUACCAUCUGAGAUGGAUCAUUAUUUUUCAAUUUUUUUUUUUGGUUGAAUUGAGUUGCCUGGAUCUGCAUAUGCAUACAGAUCAUAAAAGGAGUUUCUUUUGGAGAAGUUUCAUACCUUAAUAAAGGUACCUCAACAUUCUUGGGACCGCAAAAUUCUAAAACUGUAGAACCAAUUGAUUUUUAGCCCAAGAAGGCAAAAAACCCCUGCGAGGGUGCAUAUACCGGGAGUGUCAAUGUGGAAUUGAUUGUAUCCUAGCCAGAAUAGUAGGUUUCUGUAAUAGGUAAGCUCCCUUACUCUCAAAAGUUUGGAAAGAUGCUGGAAAAAUGUUAUUUUACAUCAGUGUAUGAAUAUGUAGUUAAGUCUA